AUGUCCACAGAUCCACCUUCCGCUUUAGAUCGGUUAUCGCCUUCCUGGAUACGACGCCCAAUGUCUCGACGAUCGACGUCGCCCCAGAAAGAGUCACGGCCAACAACAGCAAACGGCCUACUUUCACCAGAGCCAGCACAAGCAUCUAACAACAGCGAUGGCUCACGAUCACCGCGCUCAAGUUCAUCUGGUCGACGUGGUUCCGUUAUGGAGUUGGUCAACAGGUUGCGCUCAUCAUCAAAUGCCAGCCUAUCAAGCAACAAAUCACAAGACGCGGACUUUAGUGAAAUCGAAAAUUGGUUCUUUGGAUUUCGAAAGUACAACCAACUAGUCAGCAACACCAUAACGCCAAACCAGGCCUAUCCAUCGAAGGAAUUUUCGAAAGCCUCUAAAGCGUUGACGAAAAACUGCGGAGGCAACUUUCUUCACAGCCUGCCAGAGGCAGUAUUCGAUUUCUCUCUACUUUGGUGUCCUGCAGGGCAGAUGAUUAAGAAGGAUGUCAACGAACCGUCCUGGAGCUGGACUGCAUAUGAGGGUCCGGUUAAUUUUCCAUUCGACCCUACGACCUGCCCAGAUAUUUACAAAAUUCCACGGAGCGAGGGCGAAUGGUUCCAGUCAGAGGUGGUAAACUUUCACAUCGGGCCCGAGUCGGCGCAAUAUACAGUCCGACGCGAAAAGGGCAACUCCCUGCGCAUCCGGUACCCGCCAUAUUUCCACGCACCACGCGGAUCAGAUCACAGCAACGAGUCGAAUACGCUUCGUUUUACAGCACAAACCAUCUCUGCGGACGCCUUCAUUGCAGAACAAAUACAGCAUGAAGAGAAGGAUAUUCCAUGCUCACACCUCAUCAACGUUGAGAAGAAUUCGCACUGCGGUGUCAUAAUGGAUUACGAAUCAGCGAUAUCUGAGCCAUCAUCCACAGGUCCCUUUGAGUUUGUUCUGCUGUCUCGCAGCCUAUGGCGCGAGCCCUCACCCGACAGCCGGAAACCUGGCUUGAACACCAUGCACCCCCCAGGUACACCCAUCUGGAACGGAGAGCGAUUCCUUUGGGACUCGCGCGUCCACGACCAUGACGAGCAAUUUGCGACCGGACCCUGGAAGAUGCUGAAUGUCAUGCUGAUUAAGUGGGUCGGUGAGCAUGCGGAGCGAGUGGCGAUUGCGCGGAUACACGAAGACGAGUGGCUACAACAUAACCCUACGAGGGCGGACAUUGUACUUCGUUGA